AUGACAAAUUAUUAUCAAAAGUCGUCCCAAGAACCCGACCAUCCUUUGAUUGCACCUCCUUCCAAUUUUGCCAUUGAUAUUUUCGAGAAUCUUAUUGAUGAUGAUAUUCAACAACUAACGCCUAAUAAUGAACUUUACACCUUUGAAAUUUAUUCUUCAACAGAUUCAAAUAUCCAUGACUUUGAUUUUAAUGUACCAAGCCCUGACGAUAUUGUUUUUGAUGCACGUAAUCAAAAGGGAGUCGUUUUUGAUGUUGAUAAGAAAGUUAAAUUUGUAAGAAAUAUAUAA